CUCUUUCUGUCUCUUUUUCCUGGGGCACCGGAGCUGACUCUCCUAGGCCUGGCUGGACCAUGCGGAUUCUCUGCUGCUCCCAGAUUAUCUUGCUAGUCCUGCUGCUGACAGGUGCUGAAAACAGUUCGUCUCAAAGAGUUUGUGGCCGGCCCAAAGUGUCUUCCCCUCGCAUCGUUGGGGGCGAGAAGGCGGAGGAAGGGGAAUGGCCCUGGCAAGUCAGCAUACGAAACAACCGGCUGCACAUUUGCGGCGGAAGCCUCGUCUCGUCCCUGUGGGUGGUGACGGCUGCCCACUGCUUUGAAGGACCACUGGACCCAGACCAGUACCGAGUGCACCUGGGAGAGUAUGAGCUUCCUAAACCUUUGCCCAGCAUGAUCUCCUCUGGUGUCAGCAAAAUCAUUGUGCAUCCGUAUUAUGCUGGAGAUGGGCUGAGUGCUGACAUCGCCCUCUUACAGCUGGAAGAGCCCAUCCAUUUCACUCGGACCAUCCUGCCCAUCUGCCUGCCUGGUAAUUCAGCUCCGGACCCCUUCCCCGUUGGAAUGUCAUGCUGGGUCACUGGCUGGGGCAACCUCUACCCAGAAGCCCCCUUUGUCACUCGGACUCUGCAGGAACUGGAGGUGCCGAUCCUAGGCGUUGAGGAGUGCGACCAUAUGUACCACAACAAUACUUUCUCUGACACAGAGGAUGUGCCGGAAGGCUACAAGUUGAUCCACAAAGACAUGAUCUGUGCUGGGUUCCCAGAAGGAAAGAAGGAUUCUUGCCAGGGCGACUCCGGGGGACCCCUGGCCUGCAAACUGAAUGGCACUUGGUUCCUGGCUGGAGUGGUGAGCUUUGGGUUUAGCUGCUCGGAGGCCAACCGGCCCGGCGUCUACACCCGGGUGACUUCAUACAUGGACUGGAUUCGACAAUCUGUAGCCCAGAACACAAAGACUAAUAGUGGAGCCCAUCUCCCGAAUGCCAAUUCUGCUCUAUUUGUGGUUCUCCUCCUCCUUCUUAUGACCUUGACCAAUAGCAUUUCAUGAACUGUCUCAGCCAUUUCCAUGACACUCCAAAAUGGCUGCCCUGCUUCACUAGGCGGGACUGGACUGAGAGCUUGGAGUGGAUGGAUGCCGUGUAGGUUAUGCUUUUAAGUAGAGGACAUUUACAAGAGCUCUGCCAUGUUGGAAAGAUCUGUCUUUACACCUGCUUAUGUAAUAGACAAGUAGCCAUGACGUCUCAUCCAAAAGAAAUGUGUGGAAAUGGAAACAUGAGGAGAAACUGGGAUUGUGGAAAAAGAAGUGCAGUUAACACAUCAGAGAAGGAACUAUCCAGAAUAAGGCAAGGCCAAAAGAAAGAAUAAUUAAAACACACACACAACAACAGCCAAAAUGAAAGAA